AUGUCUUUGAACGUGGUGCAUCCUGGCUUUGGCGCGCAGGAUCCCCAAGUUGAUUCAGGAUGGCAUGAAUCUCAUGUACAAUUCGACCCAAAUUCGUACGAAAGAGUACAAGCUGAGCAUAUUCCAUCGGAUGACGUUGGCGAAAAGCACAAGGGUGCACGUGUUCAUCAUGAUGUGUUUCAUCUCGUGCACGGUAAAAAAGCAGCUGACGGAAAGGUCUCUCGGCAUAUUCAUGAGCAUGGAUUUGACGUGCCUGUCAAAAUUGCGCAUUUAUUCAAACGACCUGUUGUGCGACAAUGGAUCCAUGAGGGCAGUGUAUACAGAGAACAAGACGAACGUAUUCCUUCCCGUUUUGAGCUAUUUUUCGACCUAAUGUUUGUGGGAAUAGCCCAUCUCGUGGCUGAAAAUGCCACAAGUGAGGCUACUGGUUUUAAUGUUCUCAAGUUCGUCUUGGAGUACUUCCCCACGUGGUCGGUCUGGAUGGAUGUACGAACGUUUUUAAAUGUCUCUGGCACAGACGAUGUAAAGGAGCGAGUGGGCCUACUUGCAUACAUGAUAUUAUUGAAUGGAUACUCUGCAAAUGCUGCGGCUUUGCAAAUCACGCAGGCAGGCACACCUGAGCAGCUGGGGUUGUCGACUGAUACGGGACAUUUAAUGCAGCACAACGCGAGACGUCUCUUUUCCUCUUUAGAAGGGGAAAGCUGCAAGGAAAAGGAAUGUCUAGAAUACUACGUUGGAAACGGAUAUUGGCUCGAAAAUGGGUACGAGGGUGCGAUUCAUGCGGCUAUUGCCUUUUACUUGGUACUUCGUCUGGUGCGGAUCCUGUUGUACGUAUAUUAUGGUUGGGCGCUACCGAAUUUUCGUCUUUCCAUGUGGACAAAUGCGUCCAUCCGUGCGAUCGUGUCGGUGAUCUACAUUCCACUCUUGUUUGUAUGGUCUGCACCAUUAAUUAUCUGUCUCAUGUUUGUUGGUAUGGCGCUGGAAAUGAUGAAUUCGUUCAUGGUGCACUAUGUCGUGCGAGUGUUCAAUUACUUGAUUCGAAAACGCUCUGGAAAACCGUUAUUUAUACCCGCUCUGUCUCUGGAGCAUGCAAUGGAACGUACAAUCCAGUUCGUUAUUGUAGCUACGGGUGAAAUGAUCAUCAGCUCAACAUAUGCCGCAUCGCGGCAUCAUGGCUUGACGGAGAAGUUUGGGCGAAGCUCACUAGGCAUAUGCUGUGCGUUUUUCAUCAUUUGGCUUUAUUACGAUGCGGACAGUUCUCGAACAUUUCAGCAUGCUUUUCGACGGCAUGCCAUUACGUCAGCAUUGUUUUCCGCUCUGCAUUUUCCACUCACGGCUGCAUUGAUCUUGCUCGGCGCCUCGCUCACGCGACUCGUUGAACUUGAGCGCGAGUCGUCGGGAUACUUAUGGUUUUGGAGCGGAAGCUGUGCGACAUUUCUUGGCAUAGUUGGUGUACUGGCUUUGCUACAUCGGAAUCUUGACAGGCACUCAAGCACUGUUCUUCCACGCUGGUUCCGCAUCUUGCUCCGUUUCGUGAUUGCAUUAAUCGUUUUGUUUCUUCCGUUGAUGCGGGAUAGUUGGAAGACUAUCGACUUUCUUGGUGUUAAUACGGCGCUUUUGUUUUCGCUCGUGUGCUUUGAGACUAUCACGAAGCUAGGUGCCGUGGGCCGACGGUAUGACCCGUAUGGAUCGCAACUUGUUCACAAUGCAAAACCGAGGAGCGAAGCGAAAAACGAUCCUGUCAUGUCUAAUGAGAUCCAGAAAGCAAGACAACGGCUCGAGGAGAUGGGGGCAGUGUAUAAACCCAAAAGGCAAGAUGAUCCCUUUGGUUUCAGUAAUCGAUUGCAGCUCAAGAGAGAACUUUCUUGGCACCCAUACGAAGGACUCACACUUGCUGAGACAGGUGAGGAAGAUGUCGGAAUGGAGGGCGAAUUAGGCCAUCUUCAAGUGAAAGAGCUCAGCGCCGGACAGCGGUGGGCUUAUUGCACGUAA